CUGGAAAAGGACGACUGAUCUCAUACUUGCUGCAGCAAGAAAACUUGACAUCCAGCCAUGAAAGGCAUGAAUUUCAAAGAUGACCUGGAAUUCCUUUUACAAGGUGUGUCUGAAUUUGAUAUCCAGUGUGACGCUGUGCCAUCUGACAUAUUCGUGCAUGGAUCUUCAGCAUUUCCUAUUGGACUCACCCCAGACGGACAGACAUUCCUUGCUGGAGCUUACUUUGGACAGGGACGGGUGAUUGUGGCCAGCCAUGACACCUAUCUAGGCCUUCAGUCAUUGUCCACUUUCAUGACCAAUGCUGUCCACUGGCUUGAUAAAAAGCGAAAUGGGGUUAUCGGAGUCUUACCUAAACUUAAGGCGGCCUACUCCCUGCUGAAGAACUUGGGACUACAAUGUGAGUUGACUGGGUUUAAGGAAGACCUAAGUGUCUUUGUUUGCACCUCCUACAUUGAUGCUCAGUCUAAAGACAUCCAGGAAUUUGUUGCUGGUGGUGGUGGUCUCCUGAUAGGUGGACAUGCUUGGCAUUGGGCCCAGUGCAAUCCUGGCCGCAAUGUGAUGAGAGAUUGCCCUGGAAAUCUGAUCCCCAACAAGAUGGGAUUAAGCCUCUUGGGGAAAACUCUGAAAGCUGGGAAGUACAAGGUGCCACAAGUGAAGCAUCCUGAUGUUUCCUCUACACAGAUGUAUCAUUUCCAGGAUUUGCUGCAGCAUUUUGCACAACAUGUGCUUCAGGGUCAGCAGCUGGGAGAUUAUGAACAGCAAUUUCUGAAGAGGCUUGGCAGUGACUGCAUUAUUUAUCUCUGGAUGCAGGCAUUCGACUGUGACAUGUAUAAGUCAGUAGUUGCACUUCUCACAGACAUAUUUAAGGCAGGAUUUCCACAGGUGUCUCCUACACGUCCUGUUAAAAGUGCAAAGGAUCACCUGCUACUCCGGGUGGGGACAGAGUUAUCCAGGCUCAGCGAAGACACUGAUGAACUUCUGUCAUACCUCAUCGUAGACACACCUAAACUACCAACUGUGACCGAUGCGAAAGUCUGGAUCAGUGCUAACACAGCAGAUCAUUCAGAAUGGAUAAGUACAGGUCUGUAUCUUUCUCCUGGAAUGAAGACCAACAUUACAGUGCCUGGCACAAUCACAGGAAAGGGUUGGCAGGUGCAGAUCGGCUGUCAAACAGAUGACUUAAGCAGCGCAGAUGAACUGAAACGAGCUCCGGUGGUGUUUGUACGUUUCCCUUUGGAAAGAGAGAAUCUGCAAGUCUGGAAUCUGUGGGGAGGACUCAUAUACCUGAUCGCACCUCCUAGAAGUACAGUACCUGAGAUGGAGGUCGUCAUACAGACAGCUGUAAAAGCACCGUACUACAAGUCUGGAGAGACCAGCGUAUCUGACUGGGUCGCUGAGAUCCGUAAAGCACCAGCACCUUGGGCAGAGCUGGAGUUUGAGAAUCUCAUCAUCACCUUGCCAUCAGACGUGAUACGACACCUGGACCGUCCAGACGAAGUGGCCGCUCUCUGGGAUUCCAUUAUGAGGGGCGUAGCUGACUUGGCUGCUAAGCCUGGAAAGUUUACCCGCAAGGAACGCUUCGUCGCUGAUGUUCAGAUCUCAGCUGGCUUUAUGCAUGCAGGUUACCCCAUUAUGAUGCACUCUACAUCUGCCCCUGACUUGGUGAAACCAUAUGUAGCUGGUAAAAGUUUUUGGGGCCCAGUCCAUGAAUUGGGCCAUAACCAGCAACGCUCAGACUGGGAGUUUCCACCACACACUACUGAGUGUACCUGCAACCUGUGGUCUGUAUAUGUACAUGAGGUGGUGCUGGGUGUGAACAGGGCAAACGCUCAUAGGGAACUGACCGCAGACAAACGGCAGAGCCGAAUACAGACAUACAUCGACGGACAACAAAAUCUGAACAACUGGAAUGUCUGGACAGCACUGGAGACUUACCUGCAGCUGCAAGAACAGUUUGGCUGGGAUGCCUUCAAGAAAGUCUUUGCAGCUUACCAUGACAUGAAGAACAUACCAAGAGACAAAGAUGACAAGAUGAACCUGUACGCUGAGACCUUCUCCAAGGUGGUAGGGAGGAAUCUGGUUGCCUUCUUCAAAGCCUGGGGCUGGCCCAUCCAGCCCAGCACUGAAGAGAAGCUGUCCAGCCUGCCUGAAUGGAGUGACCAUCCUCUGGCCCAUUAUAAAUAGCUAAAAUAACCAUGUUUCAUAGAGAACAGUGUCUGUCUCUGAAUAUAAACAUUUCAUGGUUCAGAUAGUCCUCAGAAAUCAUUUAUAGUGUAUACACUUAUUCUGAAAUGAUUUUUCUUAGUUUCUUUCUCUAAACUGUUUUCACAUAGAUACGUUCAUGAAUGGCAUUUGCUUUUGACAGGAGUGAAAAUCAGAAUGGCUUUUAGGUUCAUGUUUAUGUUACUAAUGGUUUAAUAGGUGACCUGUGACUGAUUCUAAAUGAAGUUGAUGUUUUUCUAAUAGGAUCAAAAGGAGUUUUACAGAAAACUAUUGGUCUCUAAUGGUAACCAUUGAGCCAAGAAGCAAAAUCACUAGGUUUUAAUCCUAAUGGUUCCAUUGGUCUAUGUUCAGCAGGGCCUUUUCCCUGCAGGUUUUAGGGAAUUGAGAAGAUCACAUAGCACAUUGUCUAAUUGAGUCUUUCUGUCUUCAACAUGUUCAUUUACUGUAAUAAAAUCUUCAUCAUCUGCCACUACCAGAAACAAUCAGUUCAACGCUAAAAGCAAUAAGAUCUAACAGAAUCACAUUUACUUAUAGAAUACAUGUUUAAAAUGAUUCUCUUUUAUUUUUUUUGAUUGAUAAUUAUGCAUAUUAAUCAUUUUGCCUGCAGCACCGUGCCUUAUGACAUGCUUAUUAUGUGCAAAUAUAUAACAAUAUGCACAUCUUGGUUGGUUUGUUGGUUAAAUGUAAGACAAUUACAACUGCAAUGCUUCAAUUUCGUUCUUGUAGCACAAAGUGCACAUAGAUAAGAUAAAAUUAAUGAAAAAUAAAAUCAACUACAAAAAGCAACACCUGUUUCAUGACUUCAAUUUUGUGUACAGUUUCACUGUAAAUUAAGCAUUAACACAAGUGACUUAAAGUGAUUGGACCAUAAAGUGAUUGGACCAUAAAUCAUGUACAUG